AUGCAGGCAGCACCUCACUCGCACUCGCACGCCUCGUCGAGCGCCUUGCCGGCGCCGGAGCGCGAGCUGAGCGAUGCCGAGAAGGAGCGGCUGCACUUCCAGAGCGUGCUGCAGGCCUUUGAUGCGUAUCUGCCCCACUCGCUCGAGACGAACAACGCCCGGCGGCGCUCGUACUACGCCCUGCCGCGCGCACACCGCACGCUGCUGUCCCAGCUCGGGCCCACAAUACCGGGCCCCAUGGCAGCAGCAGCGUCCGAUGAGGAGGGGCACAGCACUGGCAUUGCCGAGCAGACGGCACCCAGCGAGAUGGCGCCCGGCGGCAUCGGAUUCAAGGCACGCCUCGCCGAGAUUGACGACCGCAUCAGGCGCAAUGCUGAUGUGCUCAGUCUCAUCGUCGACGACUCGCGCGGCUUCUUUGGCGAGGCGGGCGGCGUCGAGAGCGAGGCAGAACGUGACAGCUCAGGGUCGGGGUCAGACGGGGCGAAUGCGUCUGCAAGCGAGAAGGGCAAGCGUGCGCACGACGGGCAGGAGCAGAGCGCAGGUCGCCAAGGUGCUGCACAGCACCAGCACGGCACAGAUCCGCGCCGCCGACGCCGCGUGGCCGACCAGGACCUCGACAAGAUCCGCAGCACCAUCAAGCAGCUGGUGCGCGACUGGAGCGACGAGGGCAAUGCCGAGCGGGAAGCGGCGUAUGGGCCAGUGCUCGACGCAUUGGACGCGCGCUUCGGCACCAUUGCGGCAGCAGACCGGCCUGCUGUCCGCGUGCUCGUGCCCGGCGCUGGCCUCGGGCGUCUGGCGUUCGAGGUCGCAUGGCAGGGCUACAGCUGCCAGGGCAACGAGUACAGCUUCUUCAUGCUGCUCGCCUCGCACUGGAUCCUGAACAAGUCUGCGCGGCGGCACGAGCACACCAUCUACCCCUACGUGCACUCGUCGAGCAACUGGCGCUCGGCACAGGACCUGCUGCAGGGCGUGCGCAUCCCCGACGUCAAUCCAUCAGAUCUGCCGCCGCACGUCGACUUUAGCAUGGUCGCCGGCGAGUUCGUCGACGUCUACUCAAAAGCGCAAGAAGGCGCAGCCUGGGAUGCCGUGGCGACGGUCUACUUUGUCGACACGGCGCGCAACGUGGUGCGCUAUCUCGAGGUGCUGAACCACGUGCUGCCCGUCGGCGGCAUCUGGAUCAACGCGGGCCCGCUGCUCUGGCAUUACGAGAACAACGGCGACCUGAGCAUCGAGCUUACGCUCGAGGAGAUGCUCGGCCUCGUCGAGCAGAUGGGCUUUGAGCUGCUGAAGCACCGAGCACUGCCGCCGCAGCCGUACACGGGCAACGCCGCUUGCAUGCUCAGCUAUCAGUACACGCCGGCCUUCUGGGUCGCCCGCAAAGUGCGCGACGUGACGCCGGCGCCGAGCAUAUGA